AUGGCGUUCAAUCCGCGAAUGUCGAUAAUACCGCCGACGCAAACGCAUUCGCGCACGCGCAAGAAGGAGGAGGAGGCCGACGCAUUUAUGCGGCUGCCGGACAAGGAGAUCGUGGGAUGCAUAACAGACAUCGGGAUCCCCUUCGCCGUGGCCGACCUGCAAAAACCAAACCCGAUACAAGUACAGAUGAUCUUCGAGUGGUUCGCCGAGCUGCUGCUCAACGCGACGCGCGAGACGGUCGAGCCGGCCAUGCGCGCCGCCGCCGAGGACGUCUGCGGCGAGUACAUCGACAUCGUGCCGCCCGACACGCGCAACCUGAUGGGCUUCUACGUGUCGCUGCGCCGCCUGCUGCUCGAGUGCGGCAUCACCGACUUUAGUUUCAUGGACCUGUACAAGCCGACGCACCCGCGCCUCGUCAAGAUCUUUAGUUACUUGAUCAACUUUGUGCGCUUCCGCGAGAGCCAGACCAAUGUCAUUGAUGAGCACUUCAACAAGGGCGAGCAGACCAAGAACCGCAUCGACGCCCUGUACGGCGAGAACCAGGACGCGGAAGCCCGCCUGGACGAGAUGCGCCACAACCGCAAGGCCAUGGAGGCCCAGGUGCGCGAGAAGACGGAGCGCAACGAGGACCUGAAGAAGACACUGCUGGAACUGCGACGGAACCAGGAGAAGGUCGCUGCGCGGUUGGAAGAGGCGAAGGCGAAGAAGGGCAACCUAGCACAGAGGCUGGAGCAGAAGACCGCGGAAAAGAUGAUGCUCAAACAGGAAAGCGCCAAGUUGCGACCGUACACGCUGCAAAGCCCCCAAGCGCUGCAGACAAGUCUGACCGAACUGAACAACACGCUCAACGGCGACAAGGCGCACAUCGACUCGCUCGACCGGCGAGCGAGAGCACUGCAGACCUCGACGGACUCGUUCGGCGUCGUGUCGACCGACGUGGCGUCCUGCAUCAAACUCCUGGACGAGAUCUCCAUCGAGCUGGCCAAGGAAGAAGACGAGAACGCCCGGAACGCCAAGCAGCGAGACGCACUAUCGGAGCGCGGCAACAGCGUCCGCGAAGUCGAGCGCACGGAGGCCCUGCUGUCGCGGCAGUACGGCAAGUGGAACGAAAGAACCGAAAGGCUGCGCGACCAGAGCCGGGAGAAGGCUCAGGAAGCCAAGGAGAAGAUGGAGGAGCUGCGGGCGCUGCACAAGAAGCUCACGGAGGAGCGGUCGGCAAAGGGCACCGAGAUUGAGAGACGGAGAGUCCGCAUCGAGCAGACCGAGAAGAAGAUGCUGGACCUCAAGGAGAACAUUGAGAACGAGGUUCACAGUGCGUAUGAUGAGUACCUGAAGAUGGAGUCGCAUAUCAAGCUGUACAUCACGGAGAUGGAACAGGCUAUCUGA